ACAUUGCAGGUAACAACAAUUUUGAGUCCAUGUGCUCGUCUUUGUCUUGUGCCCAUGUGCGUUGUGAAAAAAAUCAACAAAUUUGCAGUUUUUUACAUUAAUUAGCUGAGGAGCUCGUUUUGCUCAGCAUGGAAGAACACCAGGCGCCGAGUCUUCGGCACCUGACGUCCCCGACGUUCGGAAUUCCGCCGGAAAAGCCGAACCCGGUGCUCGAGUCUCUCGGGACACCGCACAUUGAAUCGUUCAACUGGAUGCUGAGCGACGGCUUUGAAUUGGUGACCAAGUACCUGGAACCCUUGCAGUUUGAAUUGCCCGACGAAAAGACGCGCGUUUCUUUUUCCAUUUCGGACUUGAAGCUGCACAGACCAGCCAUUCACCAAUCUGAUGUUCCGAUCAAGAGUGUGCUUAUCCGGCCGAGCGAAUGUCGACAACGAGCCGAAACCUAUAAGGGACUUUUUACGGCCAAACUAAGCUGGACGUUAAAUGGCGAUCCUCGAACGCCUAUCAAUUUAAAUCUAGGCGAGAUUCCUGUUAUGGUUAAGUCUAAAGCGUGUCAUCUGAGUGACAUGUCUCCCCGCCAACUUGUGAAUGCUGGUGAGGAGGAGGACUGUUGGGGCGGCUUUUUCAUAAUCAAAGGACACGAGCGGCUCGUCCGCAUGCUGAUCAGCACAAGACGCAAUUUUCCGGUGGCCCUGCAGCGAGGCUCUUGGAAAAACAGGGGUCCGUCCUUCUCCGACCUAGGCAUUGUGAUGCGUUGUGUGUCCGAAGACUUGCGAUCUGUGAACAAUGUGGUGCACUUUUUGCUCGAUGGCUCGUGCAAAUUCAUGUUUUCCCACGAAAGGACUUUGUGUUUUGUGCCCGUCAGUGUGAUGCUGAGGGCACUGAGUGAGCGCAGUGACCUCGACAUAUUCCACAAUCUGCUGCAUGGCGCUGAGGACGAUCAAUACUAUCAGGGGUGUUUGAAAACAAUUUUGCGGCAGGCCCAUGACGAAAAGGUUCACACAAAGCAGGACGCACUCAAGUUCCUUGGGAGUAACUUUAGAUAUAAAUUUCGUCGACUCCCAACUUGGUACACGGAUGAAGAAGUUGGAGAGUUUAUAAUUAGACGCUCUAUUUGCAUCCAUUUGGAGAACGACGAAGACAAGUUUGAGUGCAUUUGUGAGAUGGUGCGCAAGUUGUACGCAUUAGUACAGAAUAGAAUCAAGACCGAGUCGGCGGACAGCGUCAUGAUGCAUGAGGCCCUGCUUGGUGGAAAUCUGUACAUGCAAGUGAUUGGAGAUAAACUGGAAAAGUGGCUCAUCCUUCUGAAGUCUGUCAUGACAAAACGAAUUGCUGCCAAAGGAAUAAAAAACUAUCAUUUAAAUCAAGAGGAGCUGGAAGCCUGCAUCAAGCGUUGUGGCACAUUUGAGAGUUCAAUGGCUAAUUUUUUGGCCACUGGAAAUCUUGCAACCAUCUCAGGCUUGGGACUUAUGCAAGACAAAGGGUUGACCAUUGUGGCCGAGAACAUUAACAGAAUGAGGUACAUGUCCCAUUUCCGAGCCAUUCAUAGAGGCUCAUUCUUCCAAGAAAUGAGGACAACGGACGCUCGUCAGCUUUUGCCAGAUGCUUGGGGCUUCAUCUGCCCUGUCCACACCCCUGAUGGAACGCCCUGUGGUCUUUUAAACCACUUGGCCAAGAACUGUAUUGUAACCACUGCACCUGAGAAAAUCGACGAGCUGCCCGAAAUUUUGCGCUCUCUGGGCGUUGUUCCUAUCGAAGACCGUCCUGCAGCCAACAACCACUACUUUGUGCAUGUGGACGGUCGAGUCAUGGGGGUGAUCAAGCGGGAAAAAGCACAAAAGAUGACCAACACCCUGCGCCUCUUGAAAAUCGAAGGCAAACGAAUAAGUUCGGGCGUUGAAAUUUGCCUGAUUGAAAAGGAAGAAGGCGUUCGUGGCCAGUAUCCAGGCAUUUACAUUUUCUCCGGAGCCGCUCGCUUCAUGCGACGCGUUCUUCACAUUGCCACGCGGAAAAUUGAAAUGCUCGGCUCUUUGGAGCAAGUCCGGCUGCAGGUGGCCGUCCGUCCCAAAGAGGUGGCCGAGUCCAAGGCCACCCACCUCGAGCUCUCACCCACAGCCUUUCUCAGCCUCUUGGCCAACUUGAUUCCCAUGCCUGACUGCAACCAGAGUCCCCGAAAUAUGUACCAGUGUCAGAUGGGAAAGCAAUCAAUGGGAAAUCCAACUCAUGCCUGGAGAUUGCAAGCUGAAACAAAAUUGUACCGAUUGUUGACUCCUGCAGCGCCACUUUUUAGAACUGCCCAUUAUGAUUCCGUCAACCUAGACAAUAAUGCCAUGGGCUUGAAUGCAAUUGUUGCUGUCAUUUCCUACACAGGCUAUGAUAUGGAGGACGCUAUGAUCAUCAACAAAUCUUCUUACGAACGAGGACUUGGCCACGGCUCCAUCUACAAGUCUGAAUUCAUCGACCUCACUCCAAACUCUUAUUUUGCCCUUGACCCUACCAAACCUGAGCUGACAGAGUUUUUAGACCACGAUGGUCUUCCCUUCAUUGGUUGUCAUUUGCAAGAGGGUGACCCUAUUGCCUGUUCCUACGACAUGGCAACUAACACAUUCAAAGUUCACCGGCACCACAGCAAGGAAGAAAUUUUGGUGGACAAUGUCAGACUUUGUGGUGUGCCACAAACUAGAACUCGAGGAGGUCACGCACCGAGAGUGUGCAUCACCUUCAGAGUGCCUAGGAACCCCACAGUGGGUGACAAGUUUGCCAGCAGGGCUGGUCAAAAGGGCAUCUGCAGUCGAAAGUGGCCGACCGAAGACCUUCCAUUCACAGAGUCUGGCCUCACCCCGGACAUUGUCUUCAACCCCCACGGUUUCCCAUCUCGAAUGACAAUCGCUAUGAUGAUUGAGCUUAUGGCCGGGAAAUCGGCAGCUGUGCAUGGAAGAGUGCACGACGCUACUCCUUUCCGCUUUUCAGAGCAAGACACUGCCAUUGAUUAUUUUGGCAAAAUGCUUGUCGAAGCUGGCUACAGUUAUUAUGGCACCGAACGAAUGUACAGCGGUGUGACCGGACAAGAGAUGGAAGCUUCCAUCUUCUUCGGCGUCUGCUACUACCAGCGACUGCGCCACAUGGUGUCUGACAAGUGGCAGGUGCGGUCGGUGGGCCCUGUCGACCCUGUGAUGCGGCAGCCGGUCAAAGGUCGGCGCCGAGGCGGUGGCGUCCGUUUUGGCGAGAUGGAGCGCGACUCGAUCAUUUCACACGGCGCCUCCUUCCUGCUGCAAGACCGACUUUUCCACUGCUCAGACAAAAGCCAAACCAUGUGUUGCACCAAGUGCGGCAGCGUCCUCAGUGUGUGUCUCGUGCCGAGUAAGUUGGGCGUCCCCGAGGCCCAGAACUGUCGAGUCUGCGGCCCUGGCGCCGGGGAAGUGAAGAGCGUCGAACUGCCGCACUCCCUGCGCUAUUUGGCCGCUCAACUUGCUUCUGUCAACAUUUCGCUCAAACUCGAGCUCACCAGGUGAAGAGACAAGAGAGACGCCUUUGAAGAGAUCCAACAUCAACAACUGCUGUGAGUUUUCAAUUAAAAUUUAUUAUUACCACUUGUUUUCUUUUA